AUGGGAGCUGUGCUGGGCGUCUGCUCCCUGGCCAGCUGGGUCCCAUGCCUUUGUGGUGGUGCAUCAUGUUUGCUAUGCGGUUGCUGCCCCAACAGUAAGAAUUCCACUGUGACUCGCCUCAUUUAUGCUUCUAUUCUCAUCCUGGGCACUAUUGUAUCCUGCAUCAUGCAAACGGAAGGGAUCAAAAAUCAGCUGAAGAAGGUUCCUGGAUUCUGUGAAGGGGAAUUUAAAAUCAAGAUGGUUGAUUUAAAGGCUGAUAAAGAUUGUGAUGUGCAGGUCGGUUUUAAAGCUGCAUAUCGGAUCAGCUUUGCCUUGGCCAUCUUUUUCUUUGCCUUUUAUCUACUCAUGCUAAAAGUAAAAACGAGCAAAGAUCCCAGAGCAGCAAUACACAAUGGGUUUUGGUUCUUCAAAAUUGCUGCCAUUGUUGGUAUCAUGGUUGGAUCUUUCUACAUUCCUGGGGGUUAUUUCACCACAGUCUGGUUUGUUAUUGGCAUGAUUGGGGCCGCUAUCUUCAUUCUUAUCCAGCUGGUGCUGUUGGUAGACAUGGCUCUCUCUUUGAAUGAAUGCUGCGUAAAUCGAAUGGAAGAAGGAAACUCAAGGUGCUGGUAUGCUGUUUUACUAUUUAUCACAAGCAUCCUGUAUACCCUUUCAAUCAUCUCUGUCAGUUUGCUCUAUAUAUACUACACCAAACCAGAUGGCUGCACAGAGAACAAGUUCUUUAUCAGUAUUAAUCUGAUCCUUUGUGUUGUGGUUUCUAUUAUAUCCAUCCAUCCAAAAAUUCAGGAACACCACCCUCGUUCUGGCCUCCUGCAGUCCUCCAUCAUCACACUCUACACCGUAUACCUUACAUGGUCAGCCCUGACCAAUGAGCCUGAUCAAUCCUGCAACCCAAGCCUAUGGAGCAUCAUUACACACCUGACUGCACCAACUUUGGCUCCUGCAAAUACAACUGCUCCGGUCCCUACCUCUGAUCUACCAACACAAAGUGGGCAUUUUCUGGAGUAUGGGAAUUUUUUUGGGCUGUUAACCUUUGCUCUCUGCCUUGUGUAUUCCAGCAUCCGCACUUCUACCAAUAGCCAGGUCAGUAAGCUGACCCUGUCAGGAAGUGAAAGUGUGAUCCUCCGUGAAACAUCUACCAGUGGUGCCAGCGACGACGAAGAGGGGCAGCCACGGCGGGCUGUGGACAACGAGAAAGAGGGCGUGCAGUACAGCUACGCUAUGUUCCACCUGAUGCUCUGCCUGGCCUCCUUGUACAUCAUGAUGACCGUGACUGGCUGGUACAGCCCUGAUGCAGAGUUCCAGAAUGUUACCAGCAAGUGGCCAGCUGUGUGGGUCAAGAUCAGCUCCAGCUGGGUCUGCCUCCUCCUUUACGCCUGGAGCCUUGUGGCUCCAGUUGUCCUCACCAAUCGAGACUUCAGCUGA